AAAUAUUAAAAGAGUGUCUAUGAGGACUAUGACCCAAGCCCAUCGACAAAGAAAGGAACAAAAGUUAAAAAAAAAAAAAACUGAGCCUCUCAAGUCUCAACCAUUCUACUUGGUUCCAAUCACCAUAAUCUGGUGAGCCACGUCGUGCUCCGGCGAAAAUGGAAGGUGGGGUUAAAAAAGAUUUGAGCAACUUGAAAACGCCUUCCACUGAUGAUGAAUUCACUGAUACUCUUCUCCAAAUUCGUGCUUCCAAAACCCCUGCAGUAAUCAAUUAUGGUGCUUCUUGGUGCCGAGUUUGCAAUCAGAUCCUGCCUGCAUUUCAGAAGUUCAGCAAAGAGUUCCCAAAGCUUUCCUUUGUUUAUGCGGAUAUAGAUGAGUGCCCUGAGACCACUCAACAGAUACGCUACACUCCUACAUUUCAGUUCUACCGCGAUGGUGAGAGGGUUGACGAGAUGUUUGGAGCUGGAGAAGAACGGCUUCGUGACCGUCUUUGGUUGCAUUCUUGAUUUUAGUUUCCCCCUCUACUAUACCUGUGGGACUGUGGCAAAGGACAAGCCUAAUUCUGUAACCAUGUAUUAGCCAAAAAAUCAGCUUUCUUGGAAAAUUUGAGAAGCAUGUAAAUGUAGUUGGAUAUAUAUUAUUUACCCUGAUCUUGCUUUACACAUUUAAACACCUGUAUUUUUUUUUUUUAGUUGUUACUGAUAACUCAUAGCUUGGAUGGAUCAUUGACUAAUUGAUCUCAUAUUUGACUGA